GAGUAAGUAAAAAUAAACUAGAUACUACUCAGUUAACAAUGCCUGAGGUUAAAAGAAUAUUGUUGAUGAGUUUGAAUAUAAGUCUUAAGGGUCGCACGAGUAAUCCAGAGACUCACGAAAAAUUUAGACCUUUACUUCAACUUGUUUUCUAUUUAAUUGAUAAGUUGCGACGUUUUAAGUUAUCUAAAGAGGGUAAAAAUAAAGCUGAUAAAAAUCGGCUGAGAGUGGAAGAAGCCUUCCUGAAAACAACGCACGCCGCAAGAGCCGAAGCUGCUGCUCAAAGACGAGAAGAGCGUCGAAGAGUCGAGCAUGAAAAAAUUCUCCAAGAAGAGGAUCCCGAUAAACAACGGAAGUGGGAGGAAAAGGAACAACGAAGAUUGGCCAAAAAACGUGCUCCAAGAACGAAGCAACUUAAGCUCAAUAUCAUUCGGCAUUAAUUCUCGGUACUCGGAUUGUUCGAAGAUUACGUGAUCAAGCUCGCCAUCUGCUAGUUCACAUCUCAGAUUUAUAUUGCCAAACGCAUCUGAUAU